GUUCAGGUGUCAAUUCUUGACAAACCACACAUAGUUCCCAUUCAGUUUUAACAGGAUCUUGACUUCCAGGAUCUUUGGGCAUAUCUGUCAAUUCCAACCGCUUAUCUAUGGUGAGAGUGAACAAAUGGGAAGAGCUAAUGAGCAUAAUUGAGGUGAUCAAGAUGAACAAGAUUCUUAUCCUGGGCUUUUCUGCUCUGCUCUUCUAUGCAGUUGCUGAAGGCCUUAUGUGCAGGGUGUGCAAGUACAAAUUUGGCCCUUGGUGCGCAAUGUCUUAUGAUCCCUGCGAAGCCAAAGAAGGACAAUACUGUGAGACCACUAAAGUGUAUGCAGGUGAUUUAUAUAUGUUCACAAAAUACAGUUGUGGCAAAUAUGCUGAGCUCUGCAACAAGACCGAACAAAGAGAUAAUAUCUGGAGGACAAAAUACGACCGCAGUUGCUGUAACUCUGAUUUGUGUAAUGGUUAAGCUACCAGGGGUCCCAGCAUUAACCCUUGCUAGCUAUGCUUACUAGCUUGGCACUGGAAAGGGAACUGGCAUGUUGAUUGUGAUCCCUAAUGAGAAUACUGUUCUUAACCAAGGAGAUCUCAUUAUCUCCUUCCCUUCCAAAUACCCCUCAUCUCAUAUAGACUUGCACAAUUGUGGUUCUCCAAGUCAGACACAGCUGGCCAUGUAUAGCCAUCUUCUGGGAGCUUGUAAAAAAAUCUUCUUGCUAUUAGAGUCUACAUCAAAUUGAUUGUCAAGCAACUCAUAAUCUAUAUAAUCCUGCUGGUGGCCUGAAUUUGGCUUGGUGAAUUACAGUUUUGACCAACUUGGUUUAUGAUACGUGCUAAAUCUGCUAUAUAUGCUAAAAUAUAUUCUUUUUGUCCCUCAA